AAAUUGAUCAAUUGGCCAAAACCCUACAGUCCAUCACGUUGCACCAAUUUUGACCACGAACAAGUGUUACAGUUUGUCAAAAAUUCUCAACUAGCAAACAAUGUAAGGAUCAGUUCUUCCCUCCUAUGGAUAUCUCCCCAUAGUCAGAAGAUAUCUUGACUCAUACAAACUGUUCAUUAUCGCAUCCGGUACCGGUUCAUGCAGACGUAGACGUUCGCUUUAUGGUCUUUCCACUUUCCAUUUUAACAUUCUCCUUCUUAUUAUCCUCAUCUUAAACUUAUACCACUGACACUGUGUCAAUAUCAAAACUCAAUCCAAUUUUCACGAUGCUUCUAGAAAGUAUCGGUCUGGGACGAUCUCAUCAUCGUAAUUCUAGACAUGCUCUUUCACAUUUGAGUAAUCGCCAGGGUUCAACCUCUGGUUGCUACGAUAUUCGCCACGAAAAAAACGGAGUUCACUGGGAAGGCUGUCCAAAUUUCAACCCCAACUCUAGACAAAUAGCAACUAGAGAUCAACUGUCGAUGAAUCGGAUAAGAGAUUCUGGUACAGGAAAUCCCAUACUUGAAGAUCCAACCUCUGAAAUGGGAUUACCUUUACUUCAAAGAAAUCACUCCAGCCCAGGUGAAAGAUAUAUGGAAGGGUCGGGUGGUAUGGAAGCUCUUGCAAUGGGAGGAAUAGGUCCAAGAUCUAGAAGCAUCGGUCAAAACCCAGGAGGUCUUGAAGCCCUCAGGAUUGGUAAUCAAGAUCUUCGUAAUCGGAAUUCUAGCCUGGACAAUCAAUACCCAGCAGGGCUCGAACAUUUUGAAGAAAUCGAUAGGAGAAGAUGGCAAUCACCUCUACGAUCAAAUGAUUAUGCAACCUUUGAACACGUUACGAACCGCAACAUGACACCCAGGCCACCAAAUCGAGGAAUUCCCAAUUCAAGCCGUCAAUAUUCACUCGGAGAAACUUCUCCCAAUCCACGGAUGCAACAUCGAUACCACUCCCCAUGCAUUCCAAACUCACCACCACAAUUCCAAGGUCUCGGACCCGACCCUCCUGGAUUCGUAAUGGCGCCAGAACAUCAAGGCACUCUACAUUAUCCAAACUCUCCACGUCGCUCCCACCGUUCCACACCCCGCAUGAUGUACAACGAAAUGACCAUGAGGGAUCCGCGUACCCACCAUAAUGCAAUUCAGCAAAGUCCCAACCCUUUAAUGUACGGCGAAAUGGACAGUCCACUUACAUCUUCCCGAUACGGAUCUAUACAUUCUCCUCUAGGAAGUGGAAGUAGUGCGGAUUUGCGACGGGAGAUGGGUAUUGAACGGCAGGAAAUGGGAAGAGAAGGAAUGACGCCGUUUGUUACUUUUAAUACUGGUAAUCUGAAUCAUAGAGGUGGUCAUGACCGUCGCGUGGAUACAAAUUACCAAUCUCCAUAUGUAGAAGAUUGGGUUAGUGAAGUGGGGAUAGGAAUGGGACAAGAUGAGAUAAUGCAGAGACAAGCUGCGAUGGGGGAAGGAGGAUUAGGAUUUUUUUAUGAUGAGACGGUGGGGAUGGAUGAUGGUUAUCGUAGGUCUAGAUUAAUGUAACUGGAGCUGAUUGAAGAGUUGGAAAUAUGUAGAGAGUACUUUGUAAACGAAAGACAAUUGGUUUGAUCAGCAUUAUUUCAGCAUUAAUAGUAUUUUACUUUUUAAUUAGAUCGUCGUUAAAAUUCUCUUCUUCUACGGAUUCAUAUCAUUAUAUAUAUAUAUAUAGUUAUAUCGAUCCAUAAAUAAAGGAAACUCUUCAUUCUCCGCUCCGUUAAAUCACGGAUGGACACGGAGUACAUUCGAAAACAUCAUCUAUAUACAGUAAUAAUAUAAUAAAUGCCAAGUCUCAAUCAAGCACCUUUACACCUCGUGACUUAUUACUCAUUACUUUAAUCUGCUCUGCCAACACAAUAUCCCUAUCCAUAUACCUAUCUAGGUAUCUA